GAGCUAAUUUUAGGGUUUGGGCUUAUACUUCACUUAUACUUUCACCUCCCAUUUUCUCUUCUUUUCCACUUCCACUAUACCCUAACAGCAGCGGCGCAUCUCCUCCGCCACCAUGGCUCCUAAAAGAGGUGUGAAAGCCCCAGCCUUGGCAAAGAAGAAACCAGAAAAGGUUUUGAAUCCCUUGUUUGAGAAGCGGCCGAAGCAGUUUGGAAUUGGUGGUGCUCUGCCACCUAAGAAGGACUUGACCAGGUUUGUCAAGUGGCCUCAUGUUGUUCGUAUUCAGAGGCAAAGGAGAAUUCUCAAGCAGCGUUUGAAGGUUCCUCCUGCUGUUAACCAGUUCACUAAAACGCUCGACAAGAACCUCGCCACUCAACUCUUCAAGUUGUUGCUCAAGUAUAGACCUGAGGACAAGACAGCUAAGAAGGAAAGGCUUCUUGUAAGAGCACAAGCUGAAGCUGAGGGGAAAACUGUGGAAUCAAAGAAGCCCAUUGUUGUGAAAUACGGGCUUAACCAUGUUACUUACCUCAUCGAGCAGAACAAGGCUCAGUUAGUAAUUAUUGCUCAUGAUGUUGAUCCAAUUGAGCUUGUUGUUUGGUUGCCUGCCUUGUGCCGGAAAAUGGAGGUUCCAUAUGCAAUUGUCAAGGGCAAGUCUCGUCUCGGAGCGAUUGUCCAUCAGAAGACAGCUGCAGUUUUGUGCCUUACAUCAGUGAAAAAUGAAGAUAAAUUGGAAUUUAGCAAGAUUUUGGAGGCAGUUAAGGCCAACUUUAAUGACAAAUUUGAUGAGCACCGCAAGAGGUGGGGUGGUGGCAUCAUGGGAUCAAAAUCUCAAGCAAAGACUAAGGCCAAGGAGCGAGUGUUAGCAAAGGAAGCUGCACAGAGAAUGAAUUGAUCAUCUAGCGCAGUGUACAAGUUUUUAUCCUGAAAGUAACUUAAUCUUGCAUUUUAUUUCUGAUUACAUGGUUUUGUUUUCAGUGAACAAGUUGUUCAUCCAUCUUGUAGCUCAGAUAUUAUCUUUAUUUAAAUUUCUGGUAUGCAAAAGGAUUAUUUAUAGGCUUA